UAGUUGCGUGAGAAGCCUGGAACAGAGAGAAGAACAGUAGUCCGCCAUAUUGGAUUUUGCGGUGUGGGUUUCUGACAUGUUCCGGAUUAAAAGUGUAAGAGCGCCGUUAUUUCAGACGUUUUCAAAGAUAUCUAGACCAGCUCCUUUACAGGGCCGAAUAUCUUCGACAAGCAAAUCCUUUCAAUCAGAAUUGAGAAGAUGUAAAUCAACAACGGCAGAUCCCUCUAAGUCAUCCAAGAGCUCAUCAACUUGGAAAAUAGCUGGGGGAGUGACUGUAGUCUGCAGUGGAGGUCUAAUAGCUGCAGCUUUGGCUUAUUCCUAUAACACAGAAUUCCGCAGUUUUGUACACAAAAAUCUUCCAGGAAUAGAGCCUUUUCUUGGAUCCUUGGACCAGUUCCUAGGGAAUGGGAACAAACAACCAGGUGAUAACAAACUAAUUAACGUUCAAGGAGAUGCUAAAAGUCUUCCAUCUGCUGGUGAUCCUUUGAAUCUUGGUUUGACAGUACCAAAGGGUACACAGAAGGAUGCUGACUUUCCAUUAAGAAAGCCUGUUAAGCCUAUUUCUGAGAGUCCAAAUUCAGUGGCAUCAGUUUCAUCAAUUGAUCAAACAUCCAUUUCUGCAGUGGAUCUUGCCAUCGCCAAAUCAGUAGAAAAAGAAGUGCAGCAAGGUGUCAGCCAUGUUGAAACCAAACCUGGACCUUCUAAUGACAUCCCUGUUAAACAGCCAAAGGUUGGAGCUGGAAAGGUGGAGUCUGCCUCAGCUGCUGUGUCAGCUCUUGAUCAUGUGGGCGUGUCUUCCGUGGACCUUGAUAUUGCAGCAUCUGUUGAGAAGGAAGCUGAAUCAGUAGCACCUGUGAAGGUGCCAAAUAUUUCUGAGAAAGUACCUGAGAAGGAAAUAGACAGUGGACCUCAUGAAACAAAAGAUGUGGAUACAAGUCUUACUGAAAAGGAAGUUGAGGUCAUGGUGGAUCAAACUGCCAUGGCACUUAUGGUUAAAGAUGCCAUAGAGAAGUUAAAGGUCAUUGGUCAAGAAGCCAUUGAAGCACAGCAGAAAGCUGUGGGAGCCAUAAAAGCACAUGUGGAACAGCUGAAGACUGCACUCGCUCAUACAAAACAGAGUGGAAGUCUGAAGGAUCUAAGUGAGGUGGUACUUAAUUCUCAAAAGGUGGCCACUGACAGUGUUACUGCUGCUAAAGCUGCACAGGUAAAAGUAAACGAAGAAGUAGAAAAAGUGCAUUCUAUCAUCAAAGAAGCCGAAGUUGCUGGCGCUAAGGAGGCAGGUGCAACUGCAACAGAGGAAGCAGCUCAAGUUAGCUACAGUGUACAGAAGGCAGCAUUAGAAAUGCAGUGGUCUAAAGCAGAUGCAGCAGUGCUGGAGGAGCAUCAGAGAGACUUACAGGAGAGCAAAGAGGUGCUUAAGAAGGAGCUGCUGGGUAUUAUUCCUGGUGUGCUGAAAGGAGAAGCUUUGGAGGGUGGUGAAGAAAAAGAUGUUAGAUCAGAGUCAGUCCUUUUGGCAUAUGCACGUAAGAGACUUGAUCAGCUGACUCAGGAGUUGGCUAGUUACCAGACUGAAGAGCAGAAGAGGCUGGAGAACUCCCUUAAAAUCCAGCGUGAAGAGGAUGCCAAGUUAACUGAACUUAAACUGAAACAAGAAGCUGAUAGAAUGGUGUCUGAGUUUGAAACUACCCUGAAAAAGAAGGAGGCGGAGCUUGCAGUAGAACAUGAGGCGAGUCUCCGUCAGCAGCUGCGUCGCCAGGCAGCAGCUUACAGUGAUAACUUAGCAGAGGUGCUCCGUGUGCAGGCAGCUGAACUAGAGGAAAGGUACCAAGAAGACUUACGACAGAAGUUGAACGCAGAAAAAGACGCCUUCGAGACGCAGCUAGCAGGCGCUCUCGCUCAAUUACGAGGUGUGGAAGCAGUCAUUGAAGGCCGAGCUGCUGUUGAGAAACAAAACAAGCAAUCACAAAAUCUGUGGGCAGCGUGUCAGUCGCUGAGCACAGCUAUCGACAAAGGUGUCGACCAGCCGGGGCCGCUGCUGCCUCAGCUGACUGCAAUCCACGAGGCGGCGGCGGAGGAUCCACUGGUUUCCGUGGUCCUCAACUCUUUGCCUGUAGAGGCAGUGACAAGGGGAGUGUUGAACGAAGAGCACGUGGCGCGUCGCUUUUACAAGGUCCGGAGAUGGUGCCGUCGAGUGGCCAUGAUAGGAGAGAAUGGCGCUUCUCCUUGGACUCACAUACUGUCGUAUUUUCAAUCUUUUCUUAUUUUCGAUUCAUUUGAUCCCAAAAAAGAAGGAGAACUCGUGGACGUAGACAAUGCAGACACUUUCGAUCUUCUGGCGCGCGCAGAGUAUUACCUACGCCGCGGAGAUCUGGAGCUAGCAACGCGGCUGGUGAAUCAGCUUCGCGGGGAACCUAGAAAAGUAGCGCAUGAUUGGCUACUUGAAGCUCGGUUGCUGUUGGAAACGAGGCAGGCUGCCAACUUGUUGACUGCUUAUGCUGCUGUUUUGGGGACAGCGGACGCUGAUUGAUUAGUUCAUGAGAUAUUUUUAAAGGUCCGUUGAGACAAGCUGUCGCUGGUGAUACAGCUAUUUCAUGAUCGGCUCAUCCAAAUAGUAAAGAACAAAAUUAAAGUUCUCAUUUUUGUCAGGUA